ACCAAAUUGUGCAAGCAGGAGGAAAGCCUUUGUUCUUCAGAGUAUAAAACCUGCUAAACUGGACCGACUACUCUCACUCUCAGAAAUAGGUGCAAAGGGAAAUUCUCUGAAGCAGGCUUAGAAUAUAACAGCAAGAACAAUGGAAGCCAUCCCCACGAGCAGUGAUGUUUUCAAAGGUGUCUACAGGCAACACAUGGAAGGCUGUUACACAAGCUGCUCAUACAGUAUGAAGGAUCUCCACACUGCAACUUCAAGCAGGAAUAGAACUCUGUGGAAGAAAUCCAUCAGGAAUCAACUGAUUCUUGACCUGCUGGGGAAAGACAUAAAGAUCUCAGGUGACCUUACCUUCAGCACAUCAGAAGUAUGCUUCACUGCUACAACAGCACACACAGCAAACAGAUCAUCUGAAUUCAGAACUGUGAAUGAUGCAGAGGACAAUGUGGAGAGGGAUAUCAUUAAGCCAGAGAACUCCGCUUUACUCAAUGCAGAAGCCUCUCUUACUGCUGAUCCAACAUUUCAACAUACAGAUAUAGUUACACAAUACAACAUUACGGACACAGACGACAAGCAUUUCGUGUUGCGAAGAUCUGGUGACAACGUCCAACUCACAGCUAAGCAUUUACAGGGGGAUAACAUUAAGUUAGCAGAGGUCAUAAUAAUGAAUUACUUCACUUCAAGACCAGUUCCAGGCAAUAAUAAUACAAAUAUUAAGAGUCCUGUCACACUGAGCCUGUUGGGGAAGAACUCGUACCUGUGCUGUGUAGAUAAAGAACUGCGUUUGAAGGAAGUCGGCAGCAUCAAAGACCUUGACCAGAAGGAUUUAAAACCUUUCAUUUUCCUGACGAACAAAAAUUUUGCAGAGUCCUCAGUGACUUUUGAAUCUGCUAAGGCUCCUGGGUAUUACAUCAGCACCUCGACUAGGGAGGAGGAGGUCAAGCUGUCUGAAAGUCAAUCAAGAACAAGGAAUUUCAAACUCUUCAAAUUCUAGUUCAUGUUUGCCAACCCUUGUAUUGCUACAAUCAUCAACAGAGGUUGCUAUACGAUGCUAGAUGUUUUAGUUCAACGAUACCAACGGUGACCUUAUUGUAACAAAUAAUACACAUGCUUUCACAUUUAACAAUCUAUUUUCCAUGCUGAAAACAAUUCUCCUCUGGCUAUGUGGCCUUUAAUAAACAGACAGUGGGGGCAAAGCCUAGAGGCCACAGUCACAUAGUAUAGUUCAGAUUAUGGUGGGGCCAGGGAGAAGCAGCUGAAAAGCACAUUCUACAUGUAUAGAUGUAGCAAGAAUGGCUCCCAUAGCCUGUCCAGAUAGAUACCAAUAAAACUAUUGUAUUUUAGAAUAUUCAUUGCUUUGUAUCAGCAUAUUCUGAAUCACAAUAUGCAAAUAGCACAGGUUAAAGCAAUAUAUUGGUUCAUUUUACAUUUUCACCUCAUGGUGAAUGAAACUUUUGUAUAUACAUAAUUAUUUAUAUAAUGUAUUUAUUUAUCAUUUUUUAUUUAUAUAACAUUUAUAUUAUUUAUAAACAAUUUAUAUUUACAUAGACACACACAUAUAUAUAUAUAUAUAUGUAGGGAUGUACUGUGUUUUAUUUGCAACUUUGUAGAACCUAGUAGCAAGCUAGUUACAGGUAUGGGAUCAGUUAUCUGGAAACCCAUUAUCCAAAAAGCUCCAAAUUACGGAAAGGCCUUUUCCCAUAGACUCCAUUUUAUACAAAUAAUCAAAAAUGUUUAAAA